AUGACUGACAGAAUCUGUGGUUGUAAUGUUAUUACGGCAGCUGGGAUUGUGACCAGCUUACAGCUCAUAUUGCUUGUGCUUACAUUAGCACCUACUGGAAUGGUUCUUGAUCGCUAUAGAAUUUGGGAAGCAACAGAGGAACGUGGAACUCUUAACCAAACAGAAGCCGACUUAUAUGCAGCUGAAGGUAAAACGUUGAAAUUCAAGCCGACACGAUGGUCAAAAUCGUGCUUGGAAUUCAUAAUGGGCUGGUAUGUUGGAUAUGGUGCCUUCUGGUUAUUCACACUUCUGAUAUUGACACUAUCAUUCAAAUAUUAUCGGCCAGUGUUUGUUAUUCCAAACUUUACGGCACUUGUCUUUGGCUUUUUCAUGAAUUUAUUGGCAUUUGGUGUUACGUUGUGGAGAAUAUUAGAUUCGUCCAAAAGUUAUCGAACAGACGAAUAUGAAGAGAGUUUUCUUUGUUAUGUAAUGGGAAUACUUCUCAUAGCAUCACUGUGUUGUUUAAUAUUCAUAAUCUUCAUUCAUAAAUAUCAUAGCUUCUUACGUCUACGAUACGGACACCAAGUACCCAAAUUUGUUCAAACACGUAGUCGUAUGGGAUACCCUGAUGAUGUUUAUUAA